UCAUUGUUCGCAGCUGAUGUCACUCGCAGUUGUGAGCGGCCGCCUCUCCCGGGGACAAUGUGGGACUGAGCGGCCCAGCCGCCGCGCCGCCGCCGCCGCAGGACAGCCCCAGCGAGUUCUAGGUCAAGAAACCAGAGGCUGGAGCUCAAGGACCCCACGCUGCUCCCCUGCAGGCCCCUCCUCCCUGGAUUCUCCCAUAAAGUAGUUAACAGCCUUGACGUUCUCCCACCGGCCCCCAGUCCUGUUCUUACCCAUCACCCAGUCCCACAGGGGAAGCAGUCCCUCCAUUUUACGGAGCCGGCCAGGCCACAGUGUGGACGCAUUCCCAGGCAGCCUCAGCCCCAGCCCCGCCUGACAGGAUGAGCGGCUCAGAUGCGGGGCUGGAGGAGGAGCCAGAGCUCAGCAUCACCCUCACACUGCGGAUGCUGAUGCACGGGAAGGAGGUGGGCAGCAUAAUUGGGAAGAAAGGAGAGACUGUAAAGCGAAUCCGGGAACAGAGCAGUGCCCGGAUCACCAUCUCUGAGGGCUCCUGCCCUGAGCGCAUCACCACCAUCACUGGGUCUACAGCAGCCGUCUUCCACGCGGUCUCCAUGAUCGCCUUCAAGCUGGAUGAGGACCUCUGCGCUGCUCCUGCAAACGGAGGGAAUGUCUCCAGGCCUCCAGUGACCCUGCGCCUUGUCAUCCCUGCAAGCCAGUGUGGCUCGCUGAUUGGGAAGGCGGGCACCAAGAUCAAGGAGAUCAGAGAGACUACAGGUGCCCAGGUGCAGGUGGCAGGGGACCUGCUCCCCAACUCCACAGAGCGCGCCGUCACCGUGUCCGGGGUGCCUGAUGCCAUCAUCCUCUGUGUGCGCCAGAUCUGUGCUGUCAUCCUGGAGUCCCCACCCAAAGGAGCCACUAUCCCGUACCAUCCAAGCCUCUCCUUAGGUACUGUGCUUCUCUCCACCAACCAGGGGUUCUCUGUCCAGGGUCAGUAUGGCGCUGUGACUCCAGCUGAGGUCACCAAGCUCCAGCAGCUCUCGGGCCACGCAGUCCCCUUCGCCUCACCCAGCAUGGUGCCAGGACUGGAUCCUAGCACACAGACCAGCUCACAGGAGUUCUUGGUUCCCAAUGACCUGAUCGGCUGCGUGAUCGGGCGCCAGGGCAGCAAGAUCAGUGAGAUCCGGCAAAUGUCAGGGGCACAUAUCAAGAUCGGGAACCAAGCCGAGGGCGCUGGUGAGCGGCACGUGACCAUCACUGGUUCACCCGUCUCCAUCGCCCUGGCCCAGUACCUCAUCACUGCCUGUCUAGAAACGGCCAAGUCUACCUCUGGGGGGACACCCGGCUCGGCCCCCACAGACCUGCCUGCCCCUUUCUCGCCACCCCUGACGGCCCUGCCCACCGCUCCCCCAGGCCUGCUGGGCACACCCUAUGCCAUCUCCCUCUCCAACUUCAUCGGCCUCAAGCCCGUACCCUUCUUGGCUCUACCACCUGCCUCCCCAGGGCCACCGCCGGGCUUGGCGGCCUACACUGCCAAGAUGGCAGCGGCCAAUGGGAGCAAGAAAGCUGAGCGGCAGAAAUUCUCCCCCUACUGAGGCUGGCUGAGGCACAGGUGCGGGGGCAGGCAGGACCGCCGGCAGGGGGCUGCCUCUGCUACCUGCCCAAGGACUCCACCCCGGGAGGGGGUCCCAAACGCCGCUAAUGCCCAGACGCAUGGAUGCACCCCCCCCCCCCCCCGACCCGGUCUGUGGGAGUUCCUGCUCUAGGAGUGGGGGUGGUUUCCGGCCCAGGGUUUUGGGAGCUGUGGCAGCCCCAGGAUAGGGGGCUUGACCCCCCUCUAGUUCUGUGCUUGGAUGCAGGGAGCAUCCUAAGUGCCCCCACUUUGGGGGGGUCACUCAUGCACUCCCCAUCCCUCAGGGCUUCCCUUCUACUGUCCCCCGCGUGGGGAUCAGGGAGGAGGCCUGGGGGUGGCUGGGGGCCUUGCUUCUCUCCCCACCUCCCUGCAGAUUCCUGCUGCUUCCACUGAUACCCUUUUGACUGGAAUGGACUGGCUGGGCUUGGCAGAGGGCAGCCUGAAGAGGGGGCACUGCCAGGCAGCUGGGGGAGUGGCAUGGGGGCAGGGGCCGAGUUCUCAGCAGCAGAUACUCUGUACAGUUUUUUCAAUUCC